AUGGGAUUUGAUAUUGUAGAAAUUUAUCAAAUGCUUGGAGUUGACAGCGAUGUUUCGGCAGAGGCUCUUGGUACAGAGGUUUUAGGUUUAAGUAAAUGCACAUUCAAGUAUAUGUAUACCAAUCUUUUCAAAUUAUCUUGUGUCUCUUUUUUACCAGAUUAUAAUAUAGCAUCAAUAAAAGUUAAAAUAACAUCAGGCACAUCAAGUAAAGAAUUUGAUUUAGAACCAUUCUUUAAAGAUUAUUAUAGUUUGAGCGAUAUUAAAACCUAUCCAGACUUAGCGGAUUUACAAAAUCUUCAAGCACUUGGCUAUUCUGAAGGUGCAGUACUUUCAAUAAAAGUAAACACGACUGUAGACAAAGGUUAUUUUGUUGUAUACCCAUUGGCAGCUACAAAAGAUACCCAAAUGCUCCCCAUUUAUAGUGAUAAUUCAGGAACAACUUAUUUGUAUUCAAUUUCAACAUUUAUACCAAAGGAAUAUAGUAUUUUUUAUCCCAGUGCUUCAAAUAUUAAUUUAGAAGCUAAAAUUCAAACAUCGGUUAAACAAUAUGAAAAGUCUCCAAUUCCAAAAAUAUAUGAUAAUUUAGGACAAUACCCAGACUCAAUGCUGUUUAUAUCUUACGGAUUUUCAGAAUUAAAAAGAAAUGAUUAUGAUCCAAUAAGUUCCUCUUGUUUCGAUUCACAAAAAACAUCUACCAGAUUUCCAUUCGGUUAUGCUUACUCUGAUGGCUCCUCAUACUGGUAUCAAAUAUCAACUGUUGUAAAACCAUCAUUAAUGAUUGGAAAUGGAAACUUUCCAGCAAACUUAGAAUCGGAUAUUGAUAAGAUAAAUGGAAAUAUUUAUUUUCCUUUAUUAACACCAAUUAUACAAGAUAAUCAAAAAUCACCUCGUCUAAUAGGUUUUACCAAAACCCAUUUAGACUAUGACUCAUACCUUUUCAGAAUUAGCGCUAAAACACCAUAUCAAUUUAGUUAUAUUAAAACUGGAGCUAAUUUGGCUUCUCUUUAUGGACACGAGAUUUUGGUUUCAGGCUCUAGUACAGAAGGUACAUAUGAGUUUAUAGCUCAAGAACAUCCAGAUUUAAAAAUGAUAUUGUAUGAUAAAGUGGCAAUGAGUAUAGUUUUAAACUCAAAAUCUUUUGGUACAGAUAGUGGUUCAGUUUUCUCAUUUUCUGGACCCACUAUUGUUAAAAAUUUUGAUAUUACAACGAUUAAAGAUGUAUCAUUUUUAUACAAUGAUAUUGAUAUUACCAAUCGUAGACAUUACAAUAUUCUCUAUUUCAACUAUCCAACUGAUAUACCAAGAGAAACAUUAUUUAAAUUGACACCAAAUGACCCAGGUGUUAUUUCAAAUCCGACUAUAGAUCCCUCUCUUCAAAACAAAGGUACCAUAUCAUUCUUUUCAAAAUGGAACGAAACAAAACAAUCAUUCCAAAUCGAAUUCUAUGUAGAGUCAAAUUCAUUAUCAAGUAAUACAAACUUUCCAUUUACAAUUAGUUACAGUACCUAUGAAUUGUAUAGUUCAAUGUUAAAUACUCAAUUAAGAAUUAAAAGAUCGAAAAUGGAUUUACAAGGCCCAAUGUUUAAAGAAAUAACUAAAAUUACACCACAAAACCAACUCGAUAGCAAUAACAAUAAAUUUUCAGUAUUUGGAUGGAAUAUUAAAAUUGAAGAUCCAAUCAAUGGCUUAGAAGGAGGCUAUGUUAUAAUUAAAGGUGAUGUAGAUCAAUCCACUUAUAACUUUACAGUCAAUCCAACAAAAGCAAAAUCAGGAGAUAAAUAUUUGGGCGAAUAUGAAUUCAAAAUCAAUAUCACAUAUCCAUGUAUAACACAAAACUAUGUUAUCAGUGAAGUUAAACUCUACGAUACAGUUAAUAGACCCUCUUAUUUCGCAGUCCUUCCAUCCACCAAAAUUCCUUUUUAUAUCAUAAACCCUUUUAUUGGUGCUAUAAAUCCUUUUUUAUAUUAUUUAAAAGAUACCAAUAUCAACAAAAUUCAGUUACAAUGUGUACCAUUCAAUGAUAAUACACCACCAGAACUAUUACCUGAAUCCCUUGAUAUUGGCUCUGGUCAUUUAAUAGAUGUUGGUAAACCCCAGCUUAGAUCCUUUAGUUUUUCGGCAUAUGAUCUUGAAAGUGGUAUGAAAAAAGAUGUAUAUCCAAUCGUGUAUCUCAGCAACACAGCCAAUCAAAUUCUUGAAUGUAAAACAAAUAUUACAAAGUUCAAAGAAUUUUCUGCUAGUUAUAUGUGUUCAAUGGAGAUACCUCUAGGUUUUGGAUAUCCUGGUAUACUUGCUGUAUCUAUAUAUGGCUUAAUAAAUAACAAUGGUUUAUUUAGUGGCUACUCGACACAAAAACUAUAUGACUUUGAAUCUUAUCAACCUUUCGAGACAUUGUAUUCAGCAUCACUACCACUACUUUCUGGUAGCAGUGAAAUUAAUGAAAAGGGUGGAGAUAUAUGGCUAUAUGGUAUAUAUUUAGAUGAUACAAGUGUUGCAACCAUCAAAUACUCAAAUGGAACAACUGAAAUGCUCACCCCAAUAGUUAGUUAUCAAUCAGCAAUUAAAAUUACAAAUAUUAAAGCAACCGAUCAACCAUUUGAAAUCUUUGUUUCAACAUUAUCCAGGGGUGAUUCAAAUAUAAUGAUUGUAAAGCCAACUUUAUAUAAUCUAUAUUACGUAAAUUGUAAUAACAAUGGUUUAUCAACUGGUCUAAAUGGUAAAUGUAUUUGCAAUAAUAAAUGGACAACUAUAGAUACCAAUAAACAAUGUUCAGUACCAAAUCACUAUAUAUAUGGUUCAACACAAGUAUCACAUCUAAUUGGUGGUGAAAUUACAUUAAAUGGCUGGUUUGGUGACAUCAAAAAUAAUCCAAAACUCUACAUUGGCAAUAAAGAAGUCACUAUCAAAUCAAUAACAUCAGAUUCAAUUAUAACUACUAUCGAGCCAGGCACUGCAGGUCAAGUUCAAGUUAACUAUACUCAAAAUUCACUCACUUGGAGCGGUAAAAUCUAUCCAUAUAUAUCAGAUAAACAAUGUCCAUUAAGAUGCGAAGAACAUGGCACUUGUAACAAAAUAACAGGGGUAUGCAAAUGUAAUUCGGGGUACACAGGUUUCGAUUGCUCAUCACCAAUAAACAACAAUGGAGGCGGUGAAACAGAAAUUGAUAACAAUGGUACAUCUAUUAUUAAGAAUCAAGAUAUAGGAUAUUCAAUUUCAAUUGAUUCAGUUGUAGAAUUAGAUUUAGAAGGCAAUUCAGUAUCAAAAAUAAAUCUCACAAACAAUUGGAUAUUUAUAAAUAAAGUCGGAUCAACCACAACAUUCAAGCAAAAUAGAAAUAACGAAGAUGAAACACAGGCAUUAUUAACAUUAAUUAUUGAAGAGGUCAACGAUAAAGAUAAAGAUUUUACAUUUGCAGGUAAUGAAUUUACAGUAACUAAAGGAGGUCUUAAAAUGUCACUUUCAAUUUCAAACUGGUUAUACAAGAGUAAUUUAAAUACAUUACAAGUGCAAAUGUCUUCUGAUGCCUCAACUGUUUCAUCAAAUGGUUGCAAAGAGUUUGCAAUAGAGUCCCAAUCAAAUAUCAAUAAUAUAAUUAAUAAUAUCAACUAUUUAAAAAUCAUUAAAAAUGGCAAUGUACUAUAUUCAAGAUUCCAAGAUAAAAUACUAUCAGACAACAGACCAACUACAGUUACAGCACAAUUACUAUCAAAAGAUGAAACAUCUGUAAAAAUUGCACUAAAUCUACCACAUUGUGAAGAUUGUUUAAUCGAUCCAGAUUUCUCAUUAUUAAUAACAUCAGGUUAUCUAAACAAUUGUAACACUGGGUCUAAAAAAUGGGUUGUUGCCGUUGCAGUCGUUUGUAUACAUUCCUAA